CAGAAUGGUGAGUGGCUUGGAGGAGAACUUGUGGAUGGUGGUGUUCCCAUAUACAUUAUCUGCUGCUCCUGUCCUUUCAAGUGAUAGAGAUGAGGGGUUUUGGAAGAUGCAGAUUGAGGAGCCUUGGUGAGUUACUGCAAUGCGUCUCGCACAUAGUAUGCACUGCUACCACUGUGAAUUGGUGGUGAAGUGAGUGAAUGUUACUAGUGCAGUGGACUGCUUUGUCCUGGAUGGGUUUGGGCUUCUUGAAUGUUGCUGACGCUGGGUGCAUCCAGGCAAAUGGGGAGUGUUCCAUCACAAUCCUGAAUUGUGCCUUGUAGAUGGCGGACAGGCUUUGGGGAGACAGAAAGUAAGUCACUUGCUGCAGACUUCCUAACGUGUGACCUGAUGUUGUAGCUACUUGGUUAAAUGGCUGUUGCAGUUCAAUUUCUGGUCAAUGGUAACGCCAGAAUGCUGUGAUAUUCAAUAUUGCUUAAUCGGUUAACAAAAUCUACCAAUUUAACUUUUAAAGUUAACAUAACUUCAAUUUUUAAUAGCACUCUGCAGAACAUAGUUCCAAAUUUCUACCACUCCUUGUGAAUGUGUUUUCAUCAUAGAUUCCCAACCAGUUUAAUUUUUUUUUAUCAACACUAUCUUUUCCCUUAAUAUUUUGUAAAAUUUGAUUACAUCACCCCUUUUACAUUCCAAGAAUACAAGGCAAAUUUGUGUAAUCCAUACUCCAAAAUGCAAUGUUUGCAGUUCAAGUAUUAUUCAGACAUAGCUAUUUUGAAUUACUUGGUGUAAAUUGGAUUAGAUUAAUUUCAUGGUGAGAUUCCAUUGUGUUUCAUUAGUCAGAGUAGGAUAGAUUGUACUGACUUCGUUGAGGUGAGAUCAGAUUGGGUAAAAUCAGAUUGUAUUUAGCAAAAGGAAUGUUAUUUGAUUUCAUCUCCCAGUCCAAGAUGAUGAGAUCAGUUGGUGCUCCUUUUUCUGCAAAUAAUUUCACAAUUUAGUAUUAAGCAUUGCAAGUUAUUUACUGCAUAGUAGCAGAACAAUUGACCCAGCAGGUCUUUUCAAAACUGCACCAACAUGGGUUGUCCUGUAUGGUGGGCUAGCAAUUGUAUUGAAUUGUUCAGUAAUCCAAGACAAGAGAAAUAAACUGAUAGCAUUAUCCACAUCCAAGGUCUAAGAGGCAAAUAUUGAGCCAGUACUCAGAAGCAGUGUCCAGCUUUCUAGUAUCACAAGUAUAUUGACUGCCAAUCUCAAAUAUAAAUAGUUUGUUUCUGAUUAAUUUUUAACAUUUUUAUCAAGUAAUGUUUUUCUAAUGUUCAAAAGUUACUCACUGCAAUUUUGAAGUUGGUGAGCCAUACAUUGGGCUUGUUUUUAUUGAAUCUCUCAAUGUGCUUUGUGUUUCUUUGUUUGGCUGGAGGGGAGAGUUAACCAUCACAGCCUUCACAUGACCACCCAUGACUUGAUUCUCUGAACAGAAAAUAAUUGUAUAAUCCAUCUGUUUAAUAUACAAACCCUCUUAGACAGUAAGGAGUGUCACUAGUGACAAAUGCCUUGAUCUCAGGAUAAUUUAUGAAUUAGUUGAAUUCCCAUUUAUGGUAUAUUUGCCUUCAAUUGCUGUAUGUUUUCUAGGGCUGCAUCUCUAUGCUUGUGUGGUCCAGCUAAGAUUUAACACUCUGAAAUGGGGGAUAGGAAUAUAUUUUAUCGCAUAUGCUGUUCAUGCUGCGGAGGAGAUGAACCAGAAGAAAAGACUCCAAUCAUCAGCGACACAUUGCUUUACUUUGCCCAGGAGGCUCAGCGCAGGAGAUCAGAACAAGCAAACUUGUGGAGUGAACCCCAUGAUACAUCCCACAUGGAGAGAGAUGAUGACCGGGAACUUUAUAACUUGCUGCAGAAAAGAGCCAAGACACGGAGGGGGUCUCAGGGGUACCGCCGCCUCAGUUUUGACAUUCACACAGUCCGCCAGGAACGCAGAGAUGUUCUGGGGAAAUGGAAAAUGCUUUUAGAAAACCUGGGUUUUCAUGCAGAGUCUGACAUGCUUUUGAAUGUGACAUCUGCAACCUUGUACAGCAGCAUGCGAAACGCACCUCAGGCAAAAAAACUGCUGGAUGACUUGGCUCAACAAACCUCAAUAUUUGAAAACAAAAUUCCAGCGGAAAGGUACAUCUUUGUUCUGGACAGACUGAUUACACUGGAUGCUGCAGAAGACUUUCUGUCAAAGGCCAAAACUUAUUAUCCUCGAGAUCAGAGCCCUGAGCUGGAGACUGAGGGGCAGGAUUCAGCUGCUGUUCUAAUUAAAAAAUCAAAUGAAAUCAACUUGGUAACCGAUGAGGAACUGGAAGAAGUCGAUGAAGAUGCCCUACUCUCAAGAUCAUUGGAAUUGUGAUCAUAAGUGCACCUCAGAAUUUCUGAUUCAUGUUUUCCAAAGAUUGCAGCAAUAAUUCUUCAUCUGCCCUGUUGGUAUUUAUGUAAGGUAAAGAUGGAAAGAAAUUGCAUUUCUUUCUCAACCUCAGUAUAUUCCAAAGUGCUUUUACAACCAGUGAAGGACGUUUUAAAGUGUAAUGUAAGAAACAUAGUAGCCAAUUUACAUGUAACAAGGUCCCACAAACAGUAAUGAGAUCAUCUAUUUUAAAUGUUAAUUGGGGAUAAAAUUUAAGCAGGGUACUGGAAGAACUCUUUCUGCUCUGUUUCCAAAUGAUGUCAUUGGAUCUUUGCCCUAACCCCAGAAGAAAAGUGGGAGGGUCACUUGAACUCCGCAAUAAUGACAACAGAUCUGGUAGAGUAAAAUAAGAGUUCAAGAUGCUCUUUAAAUGCAGGUUGCUGAGUUGGAUGAGGUACUGUGUAUGAGAGAGUGAGGGAGAAUGAGAGAGAGAGA